AUGGCCGAAGGCGACCAGCCCCCGACGGCGGGAAAAAGCAACCCUCCCUCCGGUAGCCUUUCGCGACGCACAUCCGACUAUGACGCCAGCUCUCCCUCUGCGAGUUACGCUGAGGCUGCGCGUAGAAGGCCGCAGAUUCUUUCAGCACAGACAGCAGGAUAUGGGUCCAUCACAUCUCCCAUUGACCGUCGACAAUCACAAUCGAUCACCGACGCGUCCAACCCGCCGAAACCGAAAAAGCCCUCGAUGAGUCGCCGCGCAACCUCGGCCAGGUUUCCUAUCAAGGGACAAGAGUUCUCAGUUGAUGACGCGCAAGAUGAGGUCCACAAAGACCUUACCGAGCAGCAGAUGCAGCAGCAACAGCAGAAACAAGCACGGCAAGCUCAGGGUCAGGGCCAGACGUUACGCCGCAAACCUUCUACCGUGCGACGUCGAACAGCAGCGCAGACGCCAAGUCUAGCAAGGGUGAACUCGCUCGAAGACGAUAGUGUGGAACAGACAAAUGCUGGAGCUCCCACCGACAAUGAGGUGCAACCUGCUUCUUCGGGCGAAGACACGUUGAGAGCGGACGAGGAGGAGGACAGUGGUAAUGGUGUUGAUGAAGGCGACGGUGAUGAUGAUGAUGAGGAUGAGGAUGAUGACGGGGAUGCUAGCGACGCGGAGAGCUUCACGCUCAAGGACAGACAAGAGGCUAUCAACGUCACGCAUCCCUUCGGUAUCAGGAUCUGGAAGCCAGCUCUGUACAAGAAAUCCCGGUCUGUCCAAAGGAACGCAGAGGGAGACAUCCAUUCGACACCAGGUUAUCACGUCAGCAAGUGGCUGGUUCUGUUCAAUAUUGCUUGGACCGUAGUCUUCGGGUGGUGGCUUGCGCUCCUCGCGGCUGCGGGUGGUUUGCUCUGUGCCCUUUUUUGGUUCGUCGACAGUUGCCAGGAGUACUCCAUGCUCCUGUUCCACCUCGCCGCAUAUGUCCUCUACCCAUUUGGAAAGUACGUCAAGUUGCUUCAGGACGAGGCAUAUGCCGAAGAAGACGAAGGUGAAGGACGGAGCAUCAGCGAAUACGAGCAGUGGCAGAGUGGCGAUAUAGAAGAAGGUCGUUUGUUCUUCGGCCCCAGCGAAGGUGCAGGCUCCUCCCUAGUCGGAAGACGCAGGAACAGUAUGGACUCCACAAACGAAACUACUAGCUUGCUAGGACGGGACGGUCGCGCCAAUUUGUCUCACACCGACACUUCCAAGACCAAGAGGAGACUCUUUGGCCGUGGCAAGUGGAGCGUGGGACGAGUCAUCUUCUUCGUCUUUUUCUACGGGGUCUUCUCACCAGCGCUGUUCCUCGUAUCUGGUCUCUGUUGGUUCUUUGUCUUCACGAUUCCCAUGGGCAAAGUCACGCUUCUGCUAUUCGACCAUCUUCGCCGACACCCUCUCGCGCUCUCAUUCCAUUCCGACAGUGGCAACGUACGACGCCCAGGCGAGUCUUCUUCAAUUCUUCUGUGCACGUACCGUGCUGUGGGCAUCAAAUACUGGAAGUAUACCAUCGACGGUACCAACAUCUUCCUCAUCAACCUCUUAGGUCUUGUGGCGUUCGUCAUCUUUGACUACUUCGUUCUACAUGAAACGCUCCACCUCAAGAUCCCAUUGACGGACACGUUCUUCCUCUUCGCCAUGGCUUUGUUGUCAAUCAUCCCACUGGCCUACUUCAUCGGGCAAGCUGUUGCAUCCAUUUCUGCCCAGUCUUCUAUGGGGGUUGGUGCGACCAUCAACGCUUUCUUCUCCACCGUUGUCGAAGUUUUCCUCUAUUGCGUAGCGUUAAACCAGAACAAAGCGCAACUUGUCGAGGGAAGCAUUAUUGGCAGUAUCUUUGCUGGUAUUCUCUUCCUUCCCGGUCUGUCCAUGUGCUUCGGUGCUCUAAAAAGGAAGACGCAGCGAUUCAAUGUCAAAUCUGCCGGAGUCACGUCAACCAUGCUAUUAUUUGCUGUCAUUGGUGCAUUCGGACCAACGCUCUUCUACCAGAUUUACGGAAGCCAUGAGCUGGUGUGUGCUUCAUGUAUCCGUCAUCACAAUGGUUUGGGUAAAGAGCAAGAUUGCAGAAGGUGCUACUACUCUCAAACGCCGGCAGUGGACAACGAGUUCUAUACACAGGCCGUCCAGCCGUACACCUGGUUUGCGGCUGCACUCCUCUUCCUUUCCUACGUUAUUGGAUUGCUAUUCACGCUGAGGACCCACGCUGCCACAAUAUGGACCACGGAGGUUGACGAGAAGAAGGCGCAAGACCUUUCUAUUAGCCAGCUCAGCCAUAGCGGACACGCUGAGUUCCCAAGCACGCUUAGCAGACAAGCGACGAGCAACUCCGUGGCACGUGCUGAUAUUAGAAACAGCCAGCUGUACAAGCGCAUCGUAGGUCAAACUCUCCAGCAGGUUGGCUACGGAGCUGAAGAUGAGACAUCCACUUCGACUGCGAAAAGGCCAAUCUCGCGAGCCGACGGUCAAACAACACCGCACGUUGUGCCACCCAAGGAUGGCGAACGAAGAACUCCAUCUGCAAAUUUCCAUGUCGAGGGUUUAUCGGAACACGACAACGAGUCUCUGGUGCGACAGAUUACGGAGAUUGCCGCACAUACUACGGCGCUGGCAACGCGAGACGUCGUCAAGGCUCCUCGGAAAGCUGCCCAUAUGGCUACAACACCAGUAAAGGACAGACCACAUCACCACCGGACUGCGACUUUUGAAGGAGUGGCCGAAGAACCUGCUGCAGUGCACGCAGCGGGUGGGCACGAUGCUCCGAAUUGGAGUCGUACGAAGAGUUCUGCAAUUUUGCUUACUGCAACGAUUGCGUAUGCUAUCAUUGCUGAGAUCCUUGUUAACACAGUUGACGUGGUUCUCGAGGGCUCCAACAUCGAUGAAAAGUUUCUGGGGAUCACGCUGUUCGCGUUGGUACCUAACACUACCGAGUUUCUGAACGCCAUCUCAUUCGCUAUGAAUGGCAACAUUGCGCUUUCCAUGGAGAUCGGUUCGGCCUACGCUCUCCAAGUCCUUCUAUUGCAAAUUCCGGCACUCGUGUUCUACAGUGCGUGGCAUAACCGCGCCUUCGAUCCUGCGAAGGUCGUAGAUCAAACUUUCUCUUUGAUCUUUCCCCAGUGGGACAUGGUUACUGUGAUACUCUGCGUCUUUCUCCUCUCGUACAUGUACGGUGAGGGUAAAAGUAAUUACUUCAAAGGCUCGAUUCUUAUUCUCUCCUAUUUUGUGGUCAUCGUCGGUUUCUUCCUGUCUGGAUUCAACGAUUUCGACAGGAUGGGCGUGGACCCUAACGAUACUUUGGCCCUUGGUUCCCAAUAUCAGUCGAUGAAGUUUACGACCUAUGGGGGCGGCCUCGGAGGUGGACGAGGCGGACGAGCUUUUUAG